AAGCCCUCUAGUAGCCCCAGAAACCGGGCCAGUGAGUCAGCCCUGGGGGACCCGGGGUGGCCCUGGGCUUUCCCCAAGCGGGUUCCUGGCCUUCUGGGCUGGCCUCCUGCCCCCACCCAAAGCCCCAGAGGGCAGCAGCCUCAGAAGCCCGAAAGCAUGACCCGGAGGCUGCUCCUGGUCCUCACCCUCUGGAGUGGCUACUUAUCCUGUGGCGGAGAGGAAGGAACUCUGAGCCAGCCUCAGGUGAGGUGCCGGGCCUUCAGGUACCCCGUUGCGGUGGAUUGCUCCUGGACGCUGCCGCUGGAACCCAACUCCACCACAGCCACCUCCUUCGUCGCCACCUACAGGCUUGGCGUGGCCGCGCGCGGGGAGAGCCAGCCUUGCCUACAGCCGGACCCGGAGGCGCCGCGCUGCGCCAUCCCCGACAUCCAGCUCUUCUCCACGGUCCCCUACGUGCUCAACGUCACCGCCGUCCGUCCCGCGGGCGCCCGCAGCACCUUCGUGCCCUUCGUGCCGGAGCGCAUCAUCAAGCCUGACCCUCCGGAAGGCGUGCGCUUGAGCCCCCUCUCGGGGCAGCAGCUCCAGGUGUGGUGGGAGCCCCCCCAGUCCUGGCCCUUCCCGGAGAUCUUCUCUCUCAAGUACUGGAUCCGCUACAGAAGGCACGGAGCCAUGCACUUCCGACAGGUGGGCCCUAUUGAAGCCACAUCAUUCAUCCUCAAGUCUGUGAGGCCCCGGACCAGAUAUUGUGUCCAGGUGGCUGCCCAGGAUCUCACAGAUGCCGGGGAAUCGAGUGACUGGAGCACCCCUGCUGUUUCCCCCAUGGCCCUGGGCAAGUAAUGGAGGGAGCUCCCAGUGCCCCAGAGGCCUAGGGCCUGGGCCCCCACGGCUGCUGUCCAGUGGAGUUGGAAGGGAUCCUCUUGGCCUGCAACCUGCCUCAACUACUGCUGCCCAGCUGCUGGAGCACAUUGGGCAAGUGAUUUUUCCUCCGAGCCUCAGUUUCCCAACCUGUGGAAUGGGCACAUGCUGUUUCUUUUGGUCACAGCAUAACUGUGAA